AUGCAUCGAAUAAGAGAACCAUCUACGAAUAUAACGAAGUCUCAUUCACGGCCACAAUCAAGGAACGGAUUUGUUAGCACUGAAUCCUCUCGCCUAUAUAGCCGAUCAGAUCCAUAUCUUCUCGCUGUCAUGGCUGGACUCUUUUUUCGAUUCUCAGGAGACUGUGACAUUGUUACCUUGCUGAUUGAGCUCGGUUGUCCUGUUGCUGAUCAGCAGCUCCAACGCUGGCCAAAGCAGGAAAUGAAUUCAAAGUUCGCGGGCUUUUCCUCCCCCUCCAGGCUACAAAGUGGGAUGAACCUGCAGAUUUGUUUUGUAAAUGACAGUGGUAGUGACAAGGAUAGCGAUGCCGAUGACAGCAAGACUGAAACAAGCUUGGAUACACCGUUGUCUCCAAUGAGCAAGCAAAGUUCCUCCUACUCUGAUAGAGACACUACUGAAGAAGAAUCUGAAUCCCUAGAGGACAUGGAUUUUCUCACUAGACAAAAGAAACUGCAAGCUGAAGCCAAAAUGGCUUUGGCUAUGGCAAAACCAAUGGCCAAAAUGCAAGUGGAGGUGGAAAAGCAGAACAGGAAAAAAUCCCCCGUAGCUGAUCUUCUGCCACAUAUGCCUCAUAUAAGUGAAUGCUUGAUGAAAAGAAGUUUAAAACCCACUGACCUGAGAGAUAUGACUAUUGGGCAGCUACAAGUGAUAGUCAAUGAUCUCCACUCACAAAUAGAAAGCUUGAAUGAGGAAUUGGUGCAGCUGCUUCUUAUUCGAGAUGAAUUGCACACAGAGCAAGAUGCAAUGCUGGUAGACAUUGAAGACUUGACCAGACAUGCUGAAAGUCAGCAGAAGCACAUGGCAGAGAAAAUGCCAGCAAAAUAAAGCAAGAAGCCUUCGGAAUAAGCGAGCAUUUAUUUUGCUUCUAUGGUUGUACAAAUGCGGAUGCUUAAGGUGGCGCACAAGAAAAGGAGUGUUAGUCAUUGAUUAUGUCUGAAGCUUUAUGUCCAGUGAUUGGCCUCUGCUCCUUAAUUUAUUUUAAUUUUUUACUUGUGCCACUAAAUAUCAGACAUUUUAGUAAUAUUAUUACAAAGAUGUAUAGUACUUAUAAGAUUGCAAACCAUGGAUAAGAAGAAAAGGUAGUUUACCUUUAUUUUUGUUUGUUUAAAGAUUUUAAGUUGAACAGUAUUUUACCAUUGACUACUUUUUAUUCUUCACUGUAGUUUUAAACAAAGAAACUGUAAUUGACGGUGCUAUACAAGUGAGAAAAAAACAAAACAAAA